AAUUGCCAUAUUAUGUCCAAGAAUCUGUGUCAUUAUUUUUGAUCAAACUAUUACAGGCGUCCCCCAAGUUACGACCUCGUCAAGUUACGACGAUUCGCAGAUACGACGAUUUUGAUUUUGACAGUUAAAAGCUAUCGAACUUCGAAGAUUUUUUUUUUAAAUUUCUUAUUGAUAUCCAUAAGGACAGUGGAGGCGUGGUAGGCCCAAACUGAGGUGGCAAGAUGGCGUGGAGGCGUCCGCCAUUCUUCUUCUUCUUUGGCUCAACAACCGAUGUCGGUCAAGGCCUGCCUGUACCCACUUGUGGGCUUGGCUUUCAGUGACUAAUUGAUUCCCCCCCAUAGCAGGAUAGUCAGUCCUACGUACGGCGCGGCGCGAUCUAUUUGGGGAUUGAACCCAUGACGGGCAUGUUGUUAAGUCGUACGGGUUGACGACUGUACUACGAGACCGGCUCACCGGCGUCCGCCAUUAAGGCCGGGAUAAUGGACUGGCAGAAGAAGGCGCGAGAUCGUGACCGGUUUCGGAGACUCCUGAGGCAAGCCAAAACCGCAAAGCGGUUGUAGCGUUGGAUAAGUAAGUAAGUAAGUAUUGAUAUUACACAUUGAUAUAUUUACUUACUUACUUACUUAUCCGGCGGUACAACCGCUUUGCGGUCUUGGCCUGCCUCAGAAGUGAUUGUCUUAUUGAUAUAAACAUUUAAAAAGAUUCACCUACUAUCCAAUCAUGAAUAUUAAUAUAGUGUAAACUAUUUUUGAAGUAAAACUUAUAAAUUAUCUAAUAUUAUUUUAAAUAAAAAAACACGUGUUUAGGAAUGUGUGUUACGGUUACCCAUAGUCCGUGUAAUUGAAAUAUUUCAACUGAGUUUUACGUAAUUGUUUUUAUCGGACUGUGCGUAUAUUUGACAGUUUCUGUUUUGUAUGUAUUGGUGCGAUUAGGAUAGCGGAAAAAGAAUUCGAUCGAUCUUAUACAAGAACCGACACACCAAGAGCAACGGCUUUGCAUAAGCACACAAAAGUUUCGCGUUAUAAUUCAAUUUAGCAAUUUCAAGUAAAACAUAUAAAAAGCACAACGUAGGGGGUGGGUUUGUGCGAUCAACACGUUUACAAAGAUUUUGAUACUUCAUCUUUCGAAAAACACUCUAUAUUGACAGAUAUUCAAAUUUUUGACUGUGGGACUUUUUUUUCCGGUCCCAAAUACAGUCGUAUAUCGGUAGACACCUGUAUAGAAAAAAUGCGUUUAAGCUAAUGUCACGAAGUAAUCAGGUGUCAAGGUAUCAAAGGACAAUAGUAAUAACACUAUUCACUCAUAUUUACUAUCAUUAGAGGAGAGUCUACUCGUCGUUACAGUACAGAAGAUGCGUCGGCUCCUGUCAAGCAUAACAUCCAAUGAUUCAAUCUCCAUCUCAACGGUGGGCAGUGUCUUUCCUUAUCAAAUACUGAUUAUCCGCAUGCGUGAGUAAAACUAAUCUCGUAAACCCAUAUAAGCCUGGUUUAAAUAAAAAAGCUGAUAUUGGUUGAACUCAAAAUUCGGACGCGUUAUCUUGUAAACAUGUUUUAUCACAUGGAUAAUUUGUUUAAGUAAGUUUAACGUUAUCUACGUAGCUAGCUUUUCGGCUUUAUUGAUUUUUAAGAUAUGUACACCGUAUUUGUUCGACAAACUGUGCAGUCGUAUUUGAACACCUCGUACAUUUGACAUCGGUCCUCACUAUCAUGAGUUGAGAAGAAACGCUUUCAUUGUCCAGCAUUUCUGCACUCUUCGAAGCCAUCUCGAGCAAGGAUGAGACCAUGCUAGCGGAUGCCUUGCGAAUGGCCACCAUCGAAACUGUGCUGUGCUUUGAAUCGACCUACGGAGUUUCGCCGUUAAUUUGGUGCGUUCAAACUGGCGACGUGAGUUAUCUUGGAUUGGUGGAAUGGCUGCUGUCCAGCGGAUUGUACGAUUGCCAAAUGGUUGACAGCAAGGGCCACCCAUUACUAGCCAGCAUAGCCGAGAAGCACACCGACAAUCCUAAGUUUGUGGAAAAGUUAAUUGAGCUUGAGAUCCAUGGAGUGGAUGAGGUAACCGCAUGCUAUAGAAUAUUAAGACAAAACUCGUUGCAAUUACUUAAGCUUUAUAUAGCUCUGAAGAAACUCGACGGAGCAGCAUUGUUUCAACCACUAGCCAACGCCCUGAUUCAGAUAAAUAUCAAAAAUGUGAAAAUUGACUUGAAUCUACGGGUGUUCGUACAGUGGAAGCUCGCCGACUAUGGCCAUCGGCAUUUAUCGGGUGAUUACAAAUCCCCUCCAGGACAAACGACGCACCAUGAGUGGAAGAAGCACAUCAAAGUGAUAAGUGAUUGUUGGAGCGUUAUAGCCGAUAAGUACGAUACUGGUGAUUAUGCAGACAUUGACGACCGUUUAUUGCAACGAUUGAAGGUAAUCCAUAACCAUCUCUACUUCCUGCAGUACAAACCGUUCGUCAAGCACCUGCCGAUGCGAGAGAUGAUCUUUUGUUUGGCAAUAUUUUUAACCAUCUUUCACCAUCCAAGAGAAUAUUUUAUGUUUCGCCUAAUAGUGAAUAAAUGUCUUGUGAUGGAGUUUGUGCACACGAUUGUCAGGCAGGUAGAAUGCAUUGAAGAAAAUCUUGAAAAAAUAGAAGAAGACCUGAAGAUGAUAAGAAAUGCCUCGGAUUCGUGGACCAAUAAUAGCAUAGCAAGUUUUUUCGAGAUACUCGUAGAGAGACUAGAAAUAGCGAAUAUUCCUAACAAAGCGUAUCUUGCUAAGCAACUUCACCAAAAGAGAACGAGACCAUCCUAUACGCUCGUAGUGGAACUGUUCAAAACAAUGAAGAAAUAUGACAAACAGUGGGCCACUUCAAAGAUUCCUGAAAUGAAACAGCUUGUGAAGGAAUGUAGAGAGCAUCUUAUCGCGGCUAUUAAAAAUCAUAUACCAAGCGCGUUACAUCCGGCAAACGUUGCUGAUCGCUUGAUCGCACAAAUGAAAAGCAAUACAUUAAUCGACACAGCUGUAACGGGCAUUGUCGCCAAUGAAUCGUUCAACAUGGAAGCGUUUAUGGGUGGCAAGGAUCGACGAUCUAUAAGAAAGCUACGGAAAUGCUACAAGCACGGUAAACAGUUUUAUUCACUCUGGAAAAUUCACAACUGCUUUUCGGACAUGGACAAAGCUUCCCUGGAACAUCCGGAAGUAGUGUUUUUUGGUAGUGCAAAACGCGCACUAACGGUGCUCGGCGAAUCGGUGAAAAACACGAACAAUACCCCUAAUAUGCCCAACAAAUUGAUUAAUCUAAUGUUUCAAAAGUUCCUAACUUAUCAGUUCACAGAUUGUACCAUCUUUCUUCGCAAUGUCUACGCGAAGCAAUUUUCACUAGCGAGACUGUCCAUAACGUAUGAUAUGGAGAGAGAAAUAUUGAAGGACGUGUCCGAACAAGUGGUACCUUUCUUAUUAAAGUUGCGUAUUUUGUUUAUUUCUGCACUUGCUGGUAUCCGACGCACCUUCUGUGGGAUGCUAUAUCGGUGUGCUUCGCUGGAAGCGUUACGAUCGCUGCUACAGUAUGCUAGCAUUGAUAUAGAUGCCUCCGGUGAAGAAACACAAUGGUACGCAGAGGUGGAAUAUUUUUUUAACCAUGAAACGCCAUAUCCAAAACGGCCAGUGAAGCAUGCAGCUCUUUUUGAACAAGUAGAGCUGCAGUUAAUACAACAGUGUGCCAUCAUUAAAGAGUGGUUGGCAAUGAUACAGACACAGAAUAGAGUACCGUUCUCGAGUUUGCGAAAAACUUGCUUUGCCUGCAACGAUAUCACCACUAUUCGACGAUUGCUACGAUGGAAGCUGGAAUUGUGUUACCCAAAUAAAAUGCUGCAAAGGAUGUGUAACACAUGGAAUUCUUCUACACUUGAGCGGAUAAAUAUUUCAACGCUCUUUCCUUCGCUGUCUGCAAUUGAUCCAGAUACGGUGAGCGGAAAUCUACGAAGAAUUCAGCAAGCAAUGGGUUCUGCGCACAAUUGCAUCGACCACACUAGGAAGCUUACCUGCGACUUCAGAAUAGCUAACAGCAUCGAUGAGACCAUGCUCGAGGAGCUCAACACUAUUUUGCGACCGUACUAUGAUAACAUGUUCCUUCUGGACCAUAAGUGGAAAGCACUUCAAACGUUCUGCAAAAAACAUCAAUUACCAUGGAAUAUCCCACUGGCAGCCGAGCUAAGAGUGCGUGAUCAGGCUCUUUUGCAGCAGCUGUUUGACAAUCGACGAAAAAAGUUACGAUCGUUGCUUGAGAUAUACGGCAUCCGAAAGGUGGAGGAUAUUGUUAUCUUGAUAAAAAAUGAUAAUCCGCUGGUCCUUGCCUCCCUUCAGUAUUAUCAACAGGAAAUCUGCGAAAUGUUGACCACAGUCAGAUACUUUGGAGAUAGUUUCCAUUACCUAAAGUAUCGCCUACCGAUGAUCAUCGGGAAAAGCUAUCGCAAUCUCCUUGCACACGAUAACCUGUCAUACAACGUUCUAACAGACGGAGGAGAUGAAAAGAUAGUGAUCAAUGCAUUCAUACUGGCUCACACGACACAUAACUUAUUCGAUGAAAUGCAAGGCGAUCAGAUCGAGUUCAGCUUCCCCGCUAUAGAAGACACAUACGAGUGGAUCGACGAUCAGCAUCGACUACUGACAGCAGUUAAAUCAGAUGAUGUAGACCGGGUACACGAAAUAAUGCAAACUGGCGGAGAUUUGCGCGGGUUAUUUUGUACUUCCCCUUUCCACCAGAUUGAACGGGUAAACUACUUGCUACAACAUGUUCAUCGGUUUUGUCUUCCGAAUUCAGCCGUCAUUAAACUUUUGGGUCGUUAUUUUCCAACUUUCGCUGAUUACAAUCACCGUCCAGACAUGAUGUUGCAGAGAGCGCUCGUUCGGCAAGACUAUGAAAAAGUUGUUGAGCUUUUCAGCAUUAAAACAGUAGUUAAAAACGAAUGCAAUCUAGAGAGUACAAUCGAAACGCUGAACAGAGUUCCAGUGAAUGUUUUUGCUUGGCCGAUGUUUUUAUCUCGAGUUUUAGCUAAAACGAUGACUGCAAUAUCCUGGCUGGACAAACAAGUAUAUCUAAAUCUAUUUCUCGACUACGGUAAUGAGUCAUGUGCUCGGGAAAUGAUUUCUAGUUAUAUUAAGAAUCCCGAACAAUCUACAGUAAGCCAUGCGAUGAUACGUGGAAUGUACUCGGUGGUCGAGUUGUUGGUGCAAAACACGUCCCGUCUACAGACAAAUGAUAUGGAGCUGGCGAUCAUUAUGCAUUGGAAUGAUCUGCUGCCUGCUAUUGCAGUCAAGAUUGAGCUCGAUGCAAAAGAGUACGUGACUCUGCUAGAAACAGCUGUAAAGGUAAACAACGAAAAGGCGGUAGAAUAUUUGCUUCACGACAAGUUGAAGCGUACCGCGAAAGCUCUUAAAGUGUGUAUCGUUACUGCUGCACUUCAUGGCAAAUUGUUAAAGCAAUUGCUAGAAGAUUUUCCCAUCAAAGAUUGUACGGUUCUUUCCACUGCCCUUCAUCGAGCUGCUUUACAUUGCCGGUGGCGUUGCGUAAGAACUCUGUUAGAGACAAAAGCAGCGGCUGAUGUGUUUAUGUCUGACUUUAAAAGUGUGGACGCAAACGCUCUACUCUUGCUUGUCACUUGUGAUCAAGUUCAGCUCAUUGGAAAAAUUGAAUCCGUAAACCCUGCGGUCUACUGCACACGGAUGCAGCAUCCUUUUGCUGUGGCUAUACGCUAUAGUACAGAUACUCCUAGAAUGAUUGCUUCGUUACGCCUGCUAGGUUUCGGGUGGCUAGAUUGCACCUCGAUUCUACACGAAAUAAUACUUCAAGGAAGCGACGAACCCUCUUGGAAUGCAAUAUGGAGUGACAUCGAUGAUCAGCUGUCUAAGACAUUUACUCUCAAUUCUGAUCACUGCACUUUAGCUAUCAAUGUGCUGCAACGCUGGAAAACGAUCGCGUUCGUCGAGCAAAUCAAAUCGAGCAAUACUUCCUUAUGCUGUGCCAUACAAUCAAACGACAUAUCAAUCCUUCGGACACUACUCAGCCGGUCCCGUGAUAUGAGGAACCUCAACAAUAAUAGCAUUCUUCAAGAGAUUGUGUUCCAUAUCGGUUCUUCGAUUGUUCGACUCGAUACCGAGCAUGAUCAAUGGGAUGUGCGGACAUGCUGCGACAAGAUGAUCAACAGAAUGACCCACAUGUUUGCGAGUUCGAAUGAAAUGUGUUGGCAGGAGUUUACAAUCGUUUGCGGUGAAGUGGUGGUUCACUUUUCUGUGUUUGCUUCUGAAGAAAUAUCCCAACCAGUGGCAGUAGAGUUCAUUAUCAAAGAUACCACCAGGCUUAUUGAUAACCUGCAGGAUGUACAAAUCAUUGCAAAUGAAGUUUUCAACAAACACACAGCAGUACAUGCUACGUUUACUAAAGGCAAUCGAACCGUACAUUUCUGGCGUUUGGAAGACUUGUCCUGUGCGUACGAUAUUUACCCUCCAGAUAGUGCCAUCGAUCUGUCACCCAUCUUAAAUGUUCAAGUAUUAGCUGGGCAAACAGUGUUGCAUGAAGCAAUGAUGUGGGAAGUGGAUCAAGAAAUGAUACAACUACUCGUAAAGAAUGGCGCAAGCCCUCUCGUAGUAGACGCAUGCGGGGACACACCAAUCAACGGAGCUCUACGAAACUUUCCCAUGCCGGAAAUGGCAAUUUACUUAAUCGAUGAAUGUCUGCGACAUGAUUUACGAGAUGCCGAGGGAUCUACAUUAAAGGAUGCAGUAUAUAAGCAUCAGCUGCUGGUCGAUGCCGCUGUUAAUGGACAAACGAUUGCUGUAAAACGCUUCUUACAGCUCGAUAUAGACCUAACUACCGCAUACAGCGACGGUAAAACUGUGGCGCACCUGGUAGCAUGCACACAGUUGGCCAAUUCGGUACAUAUGAUGGAAAUGCAUCUAGACUACGAUAGCCGCCUGGUAGAUAUGGUAGAUGUGAACGGUUGCACACCGUUGGCAUACACAGCUGAAGUCGGUUCCGUUGCGAUGCUUAAUUUGAUAUUGGAAUACAAUCCUAAACUCGAAAUGAUGCCGACUAGUAGAAUUGCACUCCGCACUGCCAUUUGCGAACACCAGGUAGGGUGGGCCAAACGUUUUCUGGGCGUACUGCACGAAAAACAAGUUCGUGGGAUAACUUCCAUCGAUGGAGAUGACGAGGAUGAUGAUCUGAUUGUUCUAUCACUAAAAUGCAAUGACUUGCAAUUAUCGAAGGCAUUAAUUGAGUACGAAUUGGGCCAUCCCGUAGAAGAAACGGCUAAAGACAAUCUUCCUCGAAUCCAAAAAAUUCUUCAAUCUACUACUUUAUACGGACGUCACACGAAGCGUAAACUUUGGCGUAAACUGAAUUUCAGCCAUACUACCCUGAAAUCUUUUGACAGGAAGUUUACGCUCUCCCAUACAAAUCAAGCGUAAACUUUUUGAGUUUACGCCUCGUGUGACGUCCGUAUUAGACGAGCCACGGGUGCCUAUGCAGAUAUUGAUAGAGAUAAACAAUUUGGCUGGUGCUAAAGAGUUCUUCGCCAUUCUAAGAAACAUAAGUGCAAAAAUUACACAAACUGCAGAUAAUAAAUAAGGCAAUUUAACCCCAGUAACACAGUGGAGAUUAUGAAAAUGGAAUAAUAUAUGGAUCUACUGCAACAGUGCCAAGAAUUGAAUUAGUAAAAGAUAAGCAUUUGUAUCAAAAAUGUAUUUACUUAAAAAAUAAUGUUGUAUAGAAAAUAAAUCCACAAUGAAAAAUGAAUUCAUUUUUAAAGAGAUAUUCAAAAUUAUAUUGCCUGAAAAGUAAAUUUAUUACACCUUAUUUGGAGGAUUAAAAACGCGAGACCGUAUCGCCGGAUAAGUAAGUAAGUAUUUGGAAGAUCUUUAAUCUCCAUUUUCACAUAUUUACAAAAAAUGAUGGGUGCAGAUGAAAAAAAGUAUGUAACUGAAUGUGCGAAUAUGACAAAUGAGUGAAUAAUCUGACAAUUACAUAGCCCUAAAACUCCAGAAAUUGGCCGGUCUCGUAGUACAGUCGUCAACUCGUACGACUUAACAACAUGCCCGUCAUGGGUUCAAUCCCCAAAUAGAUCGCGCCGCGCCAUACGUAGGACUGACUAUCCUGCUAUGGGGGGGAAUCAAUUAGUCACUGAAAGCCAAGCCCACAAGUGGGUACAGGCAGGCCUUGACCAACAUCGGUUGUUGAUCCAAAGAAGAAGAAGAAGAAAACUUCAGAAAUAGUCAUUUUUUGCAAGAUUUUUAUGCACUACGUUUAGGGAACUCCAUCACAUCUUUCCUGGGUGUUACAUAUUAAAUGUUGUUAGUGACUUCGCUUCAACCGAGCUUCGAGAUUGCCGAGCUCCGAUUUCGACCGUUCCUACUCGAGAUAGAAAUACCUUCUCUUUUAAGUGAUUUGAAUCAGAGUAUAAAAAUGACUAUAGAGAUUUGAAUCUUUAUCACACUCUUUAAAGAUUCAUAAAAAAUACACAAUAUUUGUCCUAUUACUAACACUUGUUUCAUUUCAUUUCAUUUCAUUUCAUUUAUUUAAUACAAUAUCCGCCAUCAAGGCUAAAUAUAAUAGACUUAAAACUAAUUUAAUACUAACAAAUAAACAAAAUAAUUCAUGAAAAACUAAGCCUAACUAACCUAGUCUUGACCUAGCAAAAAAGAAAAGAAAAAAAACAAGAGUAGAGCGUAGAGACUAUCAUAAACUUAACAAAAACAAAAAAAAGAGAGUAAUAGAAAACUAAGGAGAAUAAUUAAAGGGAAUUAGAAGAAAAAAUACGGUUACGAAAAGAGUUAAGAGAGGAGUCGAAAUCAAAGAGAUAGUAAAAGUGGUUAAACAACCUGAAACAGGACAGAAGAGGGUCAUUGAAAGUAUAAAGAGUAUGACGUGUUUCAAUUGACAGAGGAUCACGUGGACGAAGAGAACGAGAGGGAACAUACAGCGAGAUGGACGAGAGUAAAUCAGGAGCAUCAGUAGCAGAAAGUAAUAAGCCACCAAUAAAACAAGCCUGAAACACUUGGCGGCGGAAGCUUAAGGAGUGAAGAUUGAAUAACUGUAAUCGCGUUUCAUAGGAAGGUAGUGAGGCAGCACCGAACAAACGACGAAAGGCAAUCCUGGUAAAGAGGCGCUGAAUGCUUUCAAUUCUCGAACAGCCAUCAAUAGUGGGAGGAUUCCAGAUGAUACUUGCAUAUUCAAGAAUAGGCCUUACCAAAGCACAAUAAAGGAUUCUUAGGAUGCUUUGAUCUCUAAAAAUAGAGGUAAAACGUAAGAUAAACCCAAGGGUUCGAUUUGCUUUUAGUAGCACCUCAUCAAGCUGCAGUUUAAAGUUAAGACGACAGACAAGUAUAAUACCAAGGUCACGGAUGGACAUAACACGAGAGAGGGAAGCGCUAGAGAGAGUAUAGUUAAAUAAAAUAGGAGAAAGAGAGUGAGAGAAAGAAAUAACAGAACAUUUUUCGGGACACAGGCGAAGUAAAUUGGAUGAACACCAAUGAGCAAAUGCAUUGAGGUAAUGCUGAAGUCUCAGACAAUCAGAAGAAGAAGACACAGGUAAAAAGAUUUUGAUAUCAUCCGCAUAAAGGAGAUGACCAUCAGGAGGUAAAACAUUACAAACAUCAUUGAUGAACAAAGAAAACAGAAGUGGACUUAGCACACAACCCUGAGGGACACCUGACGUACAAAAAAACUCCUCAGAAAAGUACGACCCGGUUUUAACCCUGCAUGAUCGAUUACUUAAAUAUGAGGACAGCCAGCUAAUAAUGCCAUCACCAAAACCAAGUUUAGACAAUUUAGCUAAUAAUAAAGACCCAAGCGCCACAGAUUAAGCUUAAACGACUGGAAAAUUGAAUAUCCAUAGAAAAAAAUGAAAGCUCCACAGCUUCAUUGGUUUGAUCAAUAGAUGGCGUAUUACAACUCAUCAUUAUAUUGCUAUCCUUUUCUUGCAAUGUGUUUCGACAAGUUUCAUCUUAUCAUGACCUAAAUAGCCUUAUAACUUUCCGAGCAAAAAUCUACAUGAAUGGUCGUGUGGUCAGAUACGUGGGUACCAACACCAACGACCAUUACUCAAAUCUCACUUCCUUCAGUGCUGGUGGUUUGCGUUGGAGUUUAGUAUUUAAACAAGCGUAUCGCCGUUCUAGUUCUAGCGAUGCAUAACUUCAAUGCGAAACCAUACAACAGUACAGAGGAAAUGAGAAAGCUCUCCUCCAAGCAAGGAAGCUGAACUAGUUGGGUAUCCCACAAAAAGAUGGCGCCACCAGCUUUUUUGCUAUUUUUAGAAUGCAUGAGUCGUUUGCCGUCUGCUAAACGAAGUCUUUCUAUAUUCCGUUUAGGUAGAGAACUUAAGUCGUUUAGAAGCCGUUUAGUGGUCGUUUAGUGGAUUUGUGGCACUUGGGGAGUGAGGUAAAAGCAGCAUGAAAGUCGGUGUAUAUGCAUCAAGUUGGGUACCGGCCUCAAAAGAUCUAAAAAUAUUGGAAAUAAAAGACAUGAGAUUAGUUGAAGUAGACCUACCAGGCAUAAACCCAUGCUGUUUAGGGCUAAUAGCUGAACUACAACUAUGAAGUAUGGUUGGAAGGAUACAUAGCUCAAAAGUUUUGGCUGUGGCGCAAGUUUGGGUUAUCCCACGAUAAUUAGAAACAAUGCUACGGCAUCCCUUUUUGUGUACCGGAAAAAGCCAACAGGAUUUCCAAAGAGCAGGAAAAACCCCAAGAGAAGUUGUUGUUUGAAUAGUUUAUAGAGGCUUUGGCCCCAACGGAGGUCUUUUGCUUCUUAAAUUACUAACACUUUACUCAAUUUCAGAUAUUUAGACCCAAGAAGGAAAUACUAUUGAACAGUGGCAUUUACAACAAUACCAAUGUGAAAUGUGGCAAUGGAUUAUAGAAAUUAGCAUGCGAUAAUUCACAAGACUCAAGCAACAUGCCUUUCGUGGAAAACAGGCGAAUGUCGGCCAAAAGGUCCAAAGGCUCUAUAAAAAAUGCCUCUCGUGUGUUCACGCCUCGUAGAGACCUUCACUCCGAAACAAGAACUGACUCUCUGACUGCGUGGUGCUCAAUCAUAUAUCUCGAAAGCCUGUAAUGACCGGUAUGACUAGUCGUAACGCCAAAUAGAAAGUAGAUGGAUUGUAUAACGCGUAUUAAUUUUGAGUAGCAGAAUCAAGAUGUUACAGCAGCAGAACGUUCCAAAAGCAUGAUUUAAUAAUUUAUGGAAUUUGCAAAUCGAACAAAUAUUAAAUACUUACAUGCUUUCCACUGGUAAAACAACACCGAGCAAUGCAUGGGCAAUUAAUUUCAUGUAAGGGAACUUCAUUUCACUUUAGCUUUUCGGAGAAAAUUGAGAAUAUAUCUAGCGGAUGUGCCACUGACAUUCUUUAUAAUUACAUAAUUCACAACUGCUUUUUUGUUGGUUCUGAAUGGCAGCAAAGUGUUUUAAUGCAAUGUGCACUUACAUGUGAAUUUUAUGCUUACUGUGCUACACUUCGCAACACAACAGA